AAUAAAGAGCUCAGUGAUGAAAGUGAAGCCAAUUAUACCUGUGUGGCCAACAAUGCGUUUGGAUCUGAUUCACAAUCAGUCAUAUUAAAAGUAGACGUGAUAUCCAAAUGGAUUAAUGAGCCCAACAAUACGUUCGCCAAACUCGGCGACAGAGCGUCCAUAGAGUGCUCGGCCGACGGUUCGCCGCAACCGGUCAUACAGUGGUGCAAAAGAUCUCGUUCUGGUUUCUGUUACGCAACAAUCGAAGGCACCUAUCAUUCUGAGAGAAAGCAACAAGGCAAUAAAAGCGUCAUUGUGUUUCAUAAGGUCGACCCAAUAAAUGUUGGUGUAUAUGAAUGUAUUGUCUCCACUGAUGUUCCGGCGAAGUUUGACGAGAAGUAUAGUCUAAUGCAAGUGAAGAGAGGAGAGAGCGCUCGACUCAAAUGCAAUGUUUCUGGAGAUCAACCCCUGGCUAUCAAAUGGACUAAAGAUAACGUGAAACUCGAAAAACUGGGCUCUCAUUCUUAUGAAAUCUUUGAGACGACAACCGAUUUCGGUCUCCUAUCGGAGCUGCUGUUGAGGACAACCCAAAGGACUGACGGAUCGAUAUAUAAAUGCGAGGCCGAGAAUACACACGGAAAGGACGAACGCACUAUCAAACUGGUAGUACUCGAGGUUCCGGGCCCUCCCAUGAAUGUGCACGUGAAGGAGGUCUGGUCGCGAACGGCGAGCAUCGUGUGGUCGGCCCCCUAUUCGGGAAACUCUCCGCUCACAAAAUACACGAUACAGUAUUGGAGACAUCAAAGCGCACCGCACAGACUGCACGAGUUUGUGGUCAGUAACUCGCAGACCACAGCGUUGAUCAAAGACCUGAGCCCUGGCCUGUCCUACGAGAUGACAGUCGUGGGCGAGAACGAGGUCGGGAGGGGAGAGGCGGCCGACACCGUCACGUUUGUCACCGGCGAAGAGGAGCCGUCGGCG